AUGAGCGAUUUUGGGUUGGAUCCUGAAACUGGACGCAUUAUAGCUGAUGUUGUUACUUGGGAGGAUUUUAUUACGGGGAAGCCAGAUUUUGGGAAGUGGAGGACCAAACUUUGUCCAAGAUAUGAUGAAAUUGAGACUAUCUUCGGGAAUGAUGCAGCCACUGGAGAUCGACCAGUGUCUGUCUUCGACCAUUUCUCCCCAAUAAAUGAUGAUCUUUGCGAUGAGGACAACUAUAGUAGCGAUGAUGAUGUUAACCUUGAACAUGUUGAUGCACUAGAAGAUGACACACCAAAUGCUCCAAUAUCUUUCACAGCGAAUGCUGCAUGGUCUAGUAAUAGGGAUACAAUGGCUGAUGAAAUGUGGGCCGCUUACCAUCCAAGUCAUGACAUGGGAAUUGAUUUUGAUUGA